CAACCUAUCUAAUUGUUGAUUGUGGAGGUGGAACAGUUGAUUUAACCGCUCGAAAAUUAUUGCCUAAUAAUCAACUUAGUGAAAAUACUGAACGUUCUGGUCAUUACUGCGGUAGCACGUAUGUUGACAGAAACUUUGUUGAGUUUUUAAAAAAAAAGGUCGGAGAACAUGCUAUUUCAAUGUUACGAGAUAAACACUACCGUCAAUUUCAUUAUAUGGUUCAGCAAUUUUGCGAAAGAGCUAAAAUCCCAUUCACUGAUAAAAUUUCCGAGUUUAGGACAUUUGAAUUUGAUAUUUUAAAGUAUUGCCCUGCUCUUAAACUAUAUAUUAAAAAUUCGGUCAAAGAUGAGCUAGAACAAGAUGAUUGGAUUAUUGAUAUUGAUUAUGAAACUGUCAAGUCUUUUUUUGAUCCCGUUGUUAAUCAAAUUAUUAUAUUAAUAAGCGACCAACUUUCAAAAAUUAGUCAAUGUUCUAUAAUAUAUAUGGUUGGAGGUUUUAGUGAAUCUAAAUAUCUUCAGGCAAGAAUUAAAGAAAGAUUUAGUAGUUAUACAAUUGCAAUUCCACCACAUCCAGUCGCAGCUAUAGUACGUGGUGCAGUUGAAUAUGGAUUAGACAUGGAUACAAUUAAAACUCGAGUAUUAAAAUGGACAUAUGGUGUACAAAUUUAUCCAUUAUUUAAAGAGGGCGUUGAUCCUCCAUCGCGUAAAACUUCUGAUGGUCAUAUUUAUAAAUUUAACAUGCUUGCAAAAAGAGGUGUUGAAGUUGCUGUAAAUCAAGAGUUUUCUGACAAGUUUAUCCCGUUUAAACAAAAUCAAAGAAAUGCAAAUAUUAAAUUAUUUUAUUCCUCAAAACAUUAUGUAGAAUAUUGCGAUGAGCCUGAA